CAAUACAUGAUUGGGGGCCCAAAUCAAAGUCUAAGCCACACCUGCGUAACAUAUCAGGCUGAAUGUCCCUAUGUGCCUUGCCCGUUCUUCAUAAUCAGUACCACUUGCACACCACACUUCGCCAUGCAGGAAACAGCUCUGAAAUGGGGGAGACGGGCACGUAAUGCCGCCUUGGUAUACUCCAUGUUUUACGCCACCUGGCCAGCCUUCCUCGCAAUCGCUGGCACUCCUGCGGUCGAGGCGGCGUACAAGAAUUGGAAUAAUUCAUAUCUAUACGAGUACCGUCCGCUCAAGAAUCCCAAAUCGACACUCCGCUUGCUGAAAAUUGAGAGGAAAAACGGCAGGGUGACGCGUGAGCUCAUCCACAUCAAUACUGAUGAAUUACCGGGGACACAAUACAGCGCGCUGUCGUAUGUGUGGCACAUCGAACCCGAAGAUCGCCGCCGCAAGUGCAGAUACUUGCUUGACGGAUCGCCAUCAGGCAAAACAGUAUGGGUUACACCGAACUUGUUCAUAUUUCUCAAACAAUUUGAGAGGACUGUUGAGCGGGAUACCGCCGAACUCAUCUAUAUCGACGGCUUGUGCAUCAAUCAGGAGUCGCAGUCGGAGAAAGCAGACCAGAUUCGCCUGAUGCGGCAAGUUUACGGGCGCGCGACGAAAACGAUUGUGUGGCUUGGGACCGCUAUUAAAUACUACGACGGGCGUGAUGACUUUUCCGCUGUUGCCGAUUCCAAAACACAUGAUGACUACUCUUCUGAAGACAAUUCCUCGGUGGACGAUUCCUCUGAGGAGGAAAACGAACUUUACCCACACGAUCCCUACCCAGAAUACCACUAUAGUCUGUGGGAAUACAUGUACAACAACAAAGAGCCAGAGUAUCCGGACUCAGUGUAUCGAGCGGUCCUCCGACGGAUCUGCGACCACGUAUACUGGGAACGACUCUGGAUCGUGCAAGAAUGCUUGCUAGCUGGCGAAACAGAGAUAUGGUGCGACUUCCAGUCUCGUUUCAACUGGGACGAUAUCGACAGAGUGAUGAGGGAGAUGGGAAUUGGGGGCGACGACGUCAAAUGGACCGACUACGAGCGAAAGGCUCGGAAGAUUUUUGAUACGAAACGCGAGCUUUACGAUGCUUUCCAGCCGCAGUCGACCGUCCUGACGCCGUAUGUGUAUGGUUUGGACAUGAAAGACGCGCUCUAUCGCUUUGGACGGCAGAAAUGUUCCGAUAUGAAGGAUAACGUGUAUGGGCUACUCGGCAUUAUCAAGAGGCAUGACAUUGAGGUUCGGUACGACGCGCAAUGGCCCAUUGAUAAGGUUGUGAUUCAGGUGCUGGAGCAGGUGUGGGGCGAGAUAGGUGUUGACUCUAAGAUUCCGCCUGCGGAGAAGGUGAGGGAGUAUAACAGGUUUGUUCAUUUUGUGUUGAAUAAAUGCUUCCGACCGAGUGGGGAGGCUAGAAGGUUGAUUUCGUCUGCGGCGUCUCGAAUAGCUCUCGCAGAUCCGGCCUCGAGUCAUAAUUGA